UGCCUCUCAUUGGCUCAGGGAGGCAUGAUGCCACGGGCAGCCCUUUUUAAGAGGAAAGCCAGGCUGGCGGAGCAGCGAGCCUCCCUGAGCAGUUCCCGUUCUGAGCUGAGCGGCAGGACCGAGCUGUGCUGAAGCAUCAUGAGCGAGAGACAAGGAGCUGGCGCAACCAAUGGAAAAGACAAGACGUCUGGCGAAAACGAUGGGCAGAAGAAAGUUCAAGAAGAAUUUGACAUCGAUAUGGAUGCGCCCGAGACAGAACGUGCGGCUGUGGCCAUUCAGUCCCAGUUCAGAAAAUUCCAGAAGAAAAAGGCGGGAUCCCAGUCCUAGCGGGACUGCCGGAAGACACCGAGUUCAACCAUCAUCCGUCAAGCAAUGAAAGAAAACACCCUCCAGAGCCGCCAUCUGCACACAGCACACGCCCCUCAGUCCCACAUGCAUGUACAGAGACCCGACACUCACUCACGCCCUGUAGAAGGUGUAGGCCAUGCCGCUGAGCGUGGCUUUAUCUCUGUGUUCAUCUCCACUAUCACUCCUCCUGCAACUGCUUUCCUUGGUGUUGUAAUAAAGUGGAGCUAAGAUGCGUGA